AUGAAUAUAUCUUGUUUUAUCCAUCGUCAUUCGGAGACACCGCGUCGUGAUGAAGGAGAAAAUUCACAGCCAUGGUGGAAGAAUCUCAAACGUGAAAGGAAAAAGGGCCAUUAUCCACCACAGUUGAGACGAGACAGUUCAACAGUUCAACGGCAUAUUUGUUGUGCCGCACUUUUUUCCUCAGCUAUUGUUUUCGUAAAUUUGAUGAAGUACGAAACGGAUGAAGAACGAGAAAAUACGAGAUUAGCAAUGGCUGGAAAUGAUUACAGAAAUUAG